AUGAAGAACGCGGCCUCCUCGCGAGCCGGCCUCGCCGCGCUGCUGGCCUUGGCCGCGUCGACCGCCAUGGCUCACUCGUGGAUCGAGUCGGCCUUCGUCGUCGCCCCGAAUGGCACCUACAUUGGCACCGAGGGCUUCCCGCGCGGCUACGUUCCCCGAACUGACCCGGGCUUCAACGACAAGGUGGCCCAGCACCAGAUCCCCGAGGGCGGCGUCUACAAGGGCGACGAGGUGCUCAACAAGUAUCCCUUCGAGGCCAACCCCAAGCACCCGCUCCUCCUGGCCACCCCGGGCUCCAAGGUGGCCAUUCGCCAUCUCGAAAACGGCCACGUCACCCUGCCCCAGGCCCAGGCCAACAAGCCCCUGAACCGCGGCACCGUCUACCUCUACGGGACCACCCAGCCCAAGGAGCAGGAGAAGCUGUUCGACGUCCACCUCCUCUGGAACCAGGACGGCAGCGGAGGCGACAAGCGCGGACGCCUCCUGGCCACGCGCAACUACGACGACGGCCAGUGCUUCCAGGACAACAAGCAGGCCAUGGCCCAGGAGCGCGCCUCCAAGCUGGCCGCCGACGGCGCAAAGGUGGAGAAGGAACUCAAGUGCCAGUCGGCCAUUACCAUCCCUGACGACGCCAAGCCCGGCUCCGUCUACACCGUCUACUGGUACUGGGACUGGCCCACGCUCAACCCGGAAAAGCGCGGCGACAAGGUCCCCAACGGCUGGGGCCCGGACGCCAUCGUCGUCAACGAGAGCUACUCGAGCGUCAUUGACAUCAAGAUCAUCGACAGCCUCCCAGGCGUCAUCGCCAAGGAGGGCGGUGGCGAGGCCGCCUGGGUCAACAAGCAGGACAUUUACAGCCAAGGUAUCAAAUCGCAGAUGGUCAAUAGCUUUGACGUCCCCGUCGACAGCCUUGGUGGUGGUAGUGGUGGCGGCGGCAGCGAUGGCGCGGUGAAGCCUUCGCCUGCUCCCAGUGCCCCUUCGGCGCCGGCCGCUCCCCCGGCUUCGCCUGCCCCCGGUGCUCCUUCGGCGCCGGCUGCUUCCCCGGCUCCGCCCGCCGCCGGUGCCCCUUCGGCGCCGGCUGCUUCCCCGGCUUCGCCUGCCGCCGCGCCGGCUGCUCCCCCGGCUUCGGGUGCCCCUGCGCCUCCCGCUCCCACGAACCCAGCAGCCCCUGCCGAGUCCAAGGCGGCCGCGCCUGGGCCUCAGUCUCUUCCCGGGUCGAGCAUAGAUACGCCCACGCCUGGCAACACAUGCGUCCCUGCGCCGCCAGCCGGCGCCAUCAAGCCCUCCAAGGCCAUUGUCACCGAGACCGUCACCGUUCCGCCCACAACCGUGGUGCAGACCGUCUACGUGACCGACUCUCCCCACCGCAGGGCUAAGCGCGCCCGCGCGCCCUCGACCACCCUGGCCACUCGGACCAGGCAGGCUCGCAUCCCGGUCGGCACCGCCAUCACCCCGUCCAAGAAACGCGACGACAACGCGGCGGGGCCCAAGCCGUCCAAGCCGGUUCGGCGGAACUAA